CUCCUCCUGUUUUGCCCACAGCAGUAACGCUUAGAGACCAUUUCUUCCGUUGUGCAGCUGCAGGCAGUCUUAAAAAUAUGUCUAUCACGGGGCUAAAGAAGAAGCAGCCCAAAAUGUUUAAAGUGAAAGUUUCAACAAUGGAAGCUGAAAUGGAGUUCAGCUGUGAGAUGAAAUGGAAAGGAAAAGACCUGUUUGACCAGGUGUGUCGUGCAUUGGGGCUGCGAGAAUCCUGGUACUUUGGUCUCUGGUACUCCGUCAAAGGAAUGGGCAUUUGGUUGAAGAUGGAUAAAAAGGUUUUAGAUCAGGAUAUUCCCAAAGAAGAUCCAGUGAACUUUUGUUUUUUAGUGAAGUUUUACCCUGAGAAAGUUGAAGAGGAGCUUCUGCAAGAGAUCACCCAACACCUCUUCUUUCUGCAGGUUAAGAAACAAAUAUUGGAUGAAGAAAUUUACUGUUCUCCUGAGGCUACAAUUUUAUUGGCAUCUUAUGCAGUCCAGGCUAAGUAUGGUGACUAUGACCCGAAUAUGUACAAACCAGGUUUCUUAGCUCCAGAAGAGCUUUUGCCAAAAAGAGUUCUCCGUCAAUAUCAGAUGACACCUGACAUGUGGGAAGAAAGGAUUACUGCCUGUUAUGCUGGACAUCAGGGAAUGGCCAGAUACGAAGCCGAGAUGAACUAUCUUAAAAUAGCACAAGACUUGGAGAUGUAUGGGGUUAAUUAUUUUCCAAUUGCUCAAAAGAAGAAUCAUACAGACUUCCUGCUUGGGGUAGAUGCCAAAGGGAUUCAUGUCUACAGCAUCAAUAACCGGUUCUCUCCAAAUAAGUCUUUUGAGUGGAGCAGCAUCCAAAACAUUUCUUAUUCUGACAAAGAGCUUACAAUUAAGCCUAUUGACAAGAAAGCUGAGGUUUUCAAGUUCUUCUCCUCACAACCUAAAGUCAAUAAACUGAUCAUGCAACUCUUCAUUGGAAACCACGACUUGUUCAUGAGAAGGAGGCGAGUGGAUCCCAUUGAGAUCCAGCAGAUGAAAGCUCAAGCCAGAGAGGAGAAAGCAAGAAAGAAGAUGGAGCAUCAGAGGCUGGCCAGGGAGAAGCAGCUGCGGGAGGAAGCCGAGCGAGCCAAAGAAGAACUGGAACGACGCCUCUUUGAGGUGGAAGAUGAAGCUCGGCAAGCUAAUGAGGCUCUGCACCGUUCAGAGGCAGCAGCAGAGUUAUUGGCUGAGAAAGCUCAGAUAGCCGAGGAGGAAGCCAAGCUGUUGGCUCAGAACGCUGCCGAAGCAGAGCAGGAGCGCCAUCGAUUAGAGUUGGCGGCCUUGAAAACCAGCGAGGAGAAGCGACUGAUGGAGCACAAGAUAAGGGAGGCCGAGCUGAUUGCCAUGAAGCUGGUGAAGGAAUCCGAUCGAAGGAUCAAAGAAGCUGAACAUUUAAAACAGGACCUACAGGAAGCCAGAGAAGCUGAAGAGAAAGUAAAGCAAAAGCUUCAAGAUGUCAGCAAAUUUAACUCUCCUCCUCAUACUGUCAAGUGUACUUCCUCUCCGCCUGCUGACACAAGGGAUACCAGUGGUGACAAAGGAUUUGUAAAGAUGGAUUUAAGAGACAUUGAUUUGAAGAGGCUUUCCUUGGAGAUAGAGAGAGAGAGGUUAGACUACUUAGAUAAGAGUAGAAAGUUUGAAGAUCGGCUAAAAGAACUCAAGACUGAAAUCCAUGCUCUCAAACUGGAAGAGAAACAUGCCGGGUUUCUUUCUCAUUGGAACAUAAUCCUUGACUCUUUGGACCAUUCAUCAGAGAAGGCAUACAAGGCUCCUGUUUGGAUGAAAACCCUUGAAGGAGACCUGUUUAAUAAUCUGCAACAGUCCUUUUCACCAUCAUGCCUGCUAAACGUGAUUGAGAAUACCAUGCCCAGUGCAGCAACAGAAAACUCUUUUCCAACCCAUCCCCUGGUUAUCAAUAACGUGGGAACAGGACACCAAAAGCACAUUAAGGUGCAACAACACAAAACAGAUGUGAUCUAUAUCUGAAGCACUUUAAACAGAAUGAUCAGUUAUCCGACUCAAGUUAUCCAUCCAAAGAUUUCUAGACUACUUUCAUAUUCUGGAAAAAAUGCAGCUCCUGCUUAAAGCAUAAGAAUGGAAACAUUCCUUUUUGAUUUCUAGGAACUGGUGCUCAUAUUCUGAUAUAGAAAUAGGCAAUACUAGCCAACCAGAGAUCUAAGUCUGCAAGUCUAAUACAUCUUGCUAUAUUUAAUAUAUUGUCUUGAAAGUAAUUGAACAUUUCUAUUGGGUUACCUGAAGAUUUGUCAUGCCAAUGUAAGUUUGUAAGAAGAAUCUUAAGAAAUUCAAACAGAUCUAGUCUGUCUGUUCCCAAAAUCAGCAAUUCUAUUAAGUUACUUGGGAGUUAAGAACUAAGUUGUAUAUUCAUUUAAGAAUUAUAAACAAGUUGAUGUUAAAUUUCAUUAAAAGCAAUGGGAUAUCACAAUUAACUAGAUUAAGGGCCUGUACAUUUAGGAUUUUUCAUAAAAGUGAAAAUGUAAAUUUAUGACUGUGAAUAUUUUUAUUUUUGUAAAGUGUUCUACAACUAUUAUUUUCAUGUUUUUCUAUGAUUAAAGGACAAAUUUUAAAUGCCCAAAUCUGUUUAUUAAAAUAGAAUCAGUGGGCAUGCUAUAUAUGUCCUUAAGCUAAAACUGUUUGUGCUUGUUUCACAAAAUUCUUUUGCUGAAAAUUCACAUACUGUAUGCUCAAAUGUAAACAUAUUUAUUGUUCUGGCAUAUAAAGAACUGCAGCCAGUUUUAAUUAUUACAACAGGAGUUCCUUCUGAGAAAACAAACUUAGGACUGGGCUGUUAUUUAACUUGUAACUCAUCCUAUGAUGAAUGAGGCUCUAUUUUUAUUUUUAUUUUUUUACAAAAAAAAUGAGUUUGGAAUAAGAAAUAAGUAACGGUAACAAUAAGUUUAUUUUAAUGUCAGUAUCUAAAUAAAAAGUCUGUUUUAUGUUUCUUAAAAUUCAAAGCAACAUAAUCUUUCAUCAAAAAUUUUAUUCUCUUCCUGUGAGAAGAUGGCAGGAAAAUAAGCCAAUUAAUAAGGCUAGAAAUAGGUUUAGUUUCCCUUACAAGCCAGCCUAAACAAAAGACUGCUGUUGAAGCUUUCUUGGCACUGGUGUUCUUCAAUUAUUUGAUUCCAGUUGACAUGUCAACUGGCUGUUUCCGAUCAUAGCUUGCUCGUGGUUUUUUUCUUACAGCAGCCAUGCUUUCUUGCAAUAUUACACACAUAAAAGCUUCAAAUGGCUAGACAGAAAACAAGUCAUUUAACAUUCAACAGAGCUGCCAUUUCUACUAUGUAAGUUUGUAGUACCUGACCCAGGAGAAUAAAGCCAACUUCUAAACAGAAUGCAUUUGGUACAUGCUUUGUGAGCUGACUCAUUGAAAUAACACUUGGCCUUCACUUUUUCAGUUCAUCCUCUGCUCCUAGGUUAGGUGAGAGGAGGGUUAUCUUACUGGGAGGAUAUUAGCAGCUGUCAAGCAACCUUAUAUCAUUUUAUCCCAAUACUCAGAAUUAUAGCAUUGUGGUUAUCUGUGGUUAUCUUUAGUGUCACUUACAAAAAAAGUGAUACUGGAAGUCAAUUUCUGAAUUGUGGAGGUAAUGUGGGAAUAAUAACAGUGAUGACACUGGAAAACAUUGUUGCCUAAAUUAGUUUUUUAAAAGGGAAAACAUUUGUCCCUAUUGCUUAGUUGCUCAUAUUCUACUUAAUGAAGUUAAAAGCCAGUUGCAGAACUGAAAAGCCAGUUGCAGAACUGAGUUAGGGCCUACAAUGAGGACUAAAAAUCAACCUGAAGAGUCUCUCUGAAUUGGUAGAUAGCUUCUCCCAGCAUAUAUAGAUAGACUUGACCAUGCUGGCUAUUAAAUUCUAGGAAAUGCAGAUACUUGAAGGGCACUCAGACGGAAAAAAAUAGAGUAAAAUAUAUGGAUGAAACAGUAAGGCUUCCAUGAAUUUGAGCCAAUAUACUUGAUGGGGAGUCAAAAAAUUAUGAGGUUCUGGAAGAGAACACAGUUCUUUGCUUCCCAGAUAGGAGAAAUACAACUCAAAGAUGAUCCUGCUAUAUAAUAAAA